GUCAAGGGUAAUACCAUCCUACUACUGAGUCACUCACUUCACUCCAAAACAAAACAAAAAAUUGAAGAAAAUGGAGGGUGGUUACGGCGGCAACCGGGCGGAAGCGGAGCGGUGGCUCUACACCGCGAACAAGCUCCUCAGCGCGCGUGACCUACACGGCGCCCGCUCCUUCGCGAUCCGGGCUCAGGAAUCCGACCCGAGGUUCGAGGCCACGGAGCUCCUCCUCGCCGUCAUCGACACCCUCCUCGCCGGCGAAGCUCGGAUCAAGGACCUCGUCGACUGCUACGCCAUCCUCCAAGUCGUCCGCUACACUGACAACAUUGAGUUCAUCGCCGCCCAGUACCGCCGUCUCGCCAGCCUCCUUGACCCUCACCACAACCCAUUCGCCUUCGCCGCGCAUGCUUUCUCCCUUGUCCAAGACGCAUGGGCUCUCCUAUUCAACCCGACUAAGAAAGCAUUCUACGAUAACCAGCUCCGAUUCAUCACUGAACCACCGCAACCUCAUCAUGCUCCACCUCCACCACCACCACCACCACCAUCUAUUCAUCUACACCCCGUUCAGAACCAUGUAAACCCUAGCUCCGAUGAUGUUCCGGUGGUGGUUGCUGAUGCUGUGGAAGAAGACAACAGGCCGAGUCAGGACAAUGUAACUGAGCCGACUCAGCCGAGUGAGAACGAUGGGAGGACUUUCUGGACGGCGUGUCCUUACUGUUAUGCUAUGUUUGAGUACCCUUCGGUGUAUGAGGAGUGUACUCUUCGGUGCCAGAGUUGUCGGAGGGGUUUUCAUGGGGUGGCGGUACGGUCUCUGCCGCCGGGUUUGACUGAGGAAGAAGGUGGGUUGACCUCGUUUUGCAGUUGGGGGUUUUUCCCUGUUGGGUUUUCUGGGGAUUUGAAGAGUAUUGGUGGGGCUUCUUCAGAGUGGAACCCUUUUUCUCCGCUGUUUCCUUGUGCUUUGAAUGGGGGUGGUUCUUCAUAUAGGGGAAGGAAGAGGGGUCCUAAGGUUUAUUACUAUGAUGAGGCGGCUGUGGAGUCUGAGGAGCUUUCAGAUUCGACGGAGGAGGAGGAUUCCGAUGACGGAGAUGAUGGGGAUGACGAUGGGGGCUGGCGGAGCAGGCUGAGGAAGAGAGGGAGGAGGAAAGGCUCUUCUGCUGCUCGUACUGGUGUUAAAAGCAAUGGGAAGGCUAGGAAGGGGAAUCAUAAUGAUAGUGGGGCUGGUGAUGCCAAUGCCAAUGCCAGUGUGGGUAAUGGUGAGGUUUCUGGUGGUGCCUCUGCGCUGCCGCCUGCGGUUCCCAAUUCUGUGAGGCCGGAGUCUAGCAAGAGAGGCGCUUUGGGUGGUUCGAGGAGGAGGGGUGCUGGGAACUUGGGCAAGUUGGAUUUGAAUGUGGAGUUUAGCAAUGAGGUGGAAGAGCCUGCCCAUGGAGUCAGGGAAGGGAAUGGGACUGGACAUGCAGAGGAUAAUAUUGAGGGGAUUGGAUUUUUUGAGGGGCUUGAUGAGUUCAUCCUUAGUAGCUUGCCCAUUCUCAAUGUUGUUGCAGAUGAUAAGGUUAAGGGUCAUUAGUACAGUCGGCAAAUAGACGCCUGCUUUUUGUUGUUGUUGUUGAUGAUGUAGAUGUUACUUGUAUGUCAGGUAGUUCUUGUUGCACAAAGAUGAUACUCAGAUUUUGUGAAUUCUUCUCAUUGUUAGACUCAUAAUGAUUCGACUUUGCAACAAUGCCUCCCUAGUUUUAUUUUGCCAAUGCACUGUAUGCAAAACAUUUAUCUGAUGCAUUUAGGUGUUUGUUGUGCUCAUGUUUUGUUGAUUCA